CACCACUACAAUAAACUAACCAUCAACCACAUCUCAUCUCAUCUCAUCACAGUCCACACCACAAUAACCACCCAAAAUGAGCGACCCAGACGUCCCCAACACCAGCAAGGCCUUCGUGCCCCUCGAAAACAACCCCGAAGUAAUGUCCCACCUCGUGCACCAACUCGGCCUCCCCCCAACCCUCGGCUUCACAGACGUCUUCUCCAUCGACGAGCCCGACCUCCUCGCGCUCGUCCCGCGCCCCUCCCACGCCCUCCUCCUCGUCUUCCCCGUCUCCCCCACCUACGAAGCCGGCCGACGCACCGAAGACGCCCCCCUCGCAGAAUACACCGGCAGCGGGCCCUCCGAACCCGUAACCUGGUUCAAGCAAACCAUCCGCAACGCCUGCGGUCUCAUCGGCCUCCUCCACUCCGUCUCCAACGGCGAACCCCGCCGCCACAUUCUCCCCGGGUCCGCACUGGACUCGCUCCUCCGCGAGGCGGAGCCUCUCCCGCCUGUAGCCCGCGCAGACCUGCUUUACGAGAGCAAGGCGCUGGAAAGCGCGCACGCGGACGCCGCGCGUCUGGGCGACACCGCUGCGCCUGGGGCGGAGGAUAACGUGGACUUGCACUUUGUGGCGUUUGUGAAGGGCGAGGAUGGGCGGUUGUGGGAGUUGGAUGGGCGAAGGAAGGGUCCGUUGGAGAGGGGGCAGUUGGAGGAUGGGGAGGACGCGUUGAGUGAGAGGGCUUUGGGGUUGGGGGUGAGACGCUUUUUGAAGACGGAGGCGGAUGGUGGGAAUCCGGAUUUGAGGUUUAGUUUGGUUAGUUUGGGGGCUGUUUUUGAUUGAUCUCUUUCUUUUUUUCUUGUUCCUUUUUUCUUUCUAAAAAGGAGGAGAGGGAAGGAAAGGAAAUGAAUGUUGCUAUGCAUGAGAAGGAGAGCAUCUAUCUCUCCUACCCACCAAUCUUGUAAUUCCAUCAUUGUCAUCCAUCCAUACAAUACACACCCAGAUACGAUAGGCU